AUGACCACUGCGGAACGUCUGAACGCAAUUCCCCUGGGUGAGGCGAUGUUCACCCAGCGGGCCAUUCGCCGGUUCAAAAAGGACCCGAUUCCCGACGAUGUCCUCGAGGACAUCAUGCAGGCCACCAUUCGCGCACCCAACGGCGGCAAUACCCAGCCGUGGCGGUUCAUCGUUUGUGAAGGACGAAGAAAAGCGCCGGAAGCUGGGAGAGCUUUACCAUGAGGCGUGGUGGGCCAAGCGGGCCGACGUAGGCAUCAUGGGCCCCGAGGAUCU